GGUAAAGUUGGAAUGUGGACCCCGAUGGUGUGGCUGUUACCGUUGUUCCUAGCAUGGCCGGCGGCUCACCGUGCAGUGGCAACCGUGAACGAUCUCCAGAACACCGGCGGCGAUCUCCCCAGAUCACAGGGAAUCCCGCUACACGUCCUGGACUCGCUCGUGGAAGACCAGGUUGCGGACGACGGCCAGCGCUACGACAUCGACGCCAGUUCUCCGGACGAGACCGCCGACGUCAAGCGGGCGCCGAGUCAGCUCAGCCGCCUCAACUUGGGAGAGGGGUACAGUCGCUACGGGCGGGGGUACCUCCAGCAGCUGAUGAGCAGUCUCGGGUCGGGGUACAACAGAUCUAACCGCAAGUCCCUCACACGGCACAACAUCGACCUCGGGUACAGUCGCUACGGACGCUCUCCGAACCAGCUCAACCGCCACCAGCUAGGGAAAGGCUUCAGUCGGUACGGCCGGGCACCCAAGCCCAUCAACCGCUUCGACUUGGGACUUGGAUACAACCGCUACGGGCGAACCUCCAAGCCUCUCAACCGUUUCGACUUGGGGCUCGGCUACAAUCGCUACGGCCGUUCACCCAAGCCCCUCAACCGCUUCAACUUGGGGUCGGGAUAUAACCGCUACGGGCGAACCUCCAAGCCCCUCAGCCGAUUCGACUUGGGGCUCGGCUACAAUCGCUACGGGCGGGCACCCAAGCCUCUCAGCCGCUUCGACUUGGGAACCGGCUACAACAGGUACGGACGGGCGGAAGAGGUGACACCUUCACCCGAACAGGCCGACAACAGCGACGUCGGUGGGAGUACUGACGGCAACUGGCAGUCCCAGAGGUGGCAGAACCAGCCGGGCUACGGCGAGCCAGACUCAGCAGGAGAAGACAACGAGUCGACAGGACUCAUGCCUUACGACAAAGACGACUCUGCGCUGCCAGCUCGACCAAUCAGCCCACGGCACAUUCGUGACGUCAUGACACCCUUCAGGAGCUGGCUACCUGCGCAUGCGCGGUCAUUCGACGAGGCUACCGAGUCAUGAUGACGUAGCAGAAAGCAAGAAAACACCGACUCAAUGAGUCCAAUUUUAAAAGAAGGAAACUAUCGGAGAGAAAAAAGGACUACAGCUUUCUAGACUACCAAACAUGCCAUUGUUGCAUGUUUGGACAUUCAUGUUGUUAGAUAUAUAGGUUAAAGAUGGUCAAAUGAUUGUAUUUUCUCUCUUAAGACGAAGUACAGGAAUAAAGCAUACGUUUUAUCACAACUAUGAGCUGUGUUGAAGACAGUGGCGGUACAUUAUGUAAUGCUUUAUGGUGUUUUCAGUAUUGUGUUUCAUGAUAUGAUGAAGAAAAUACA